UACUUUUGUUUUUACAACGAAUAGCACAAAUCUCAGCUGAGUCACGGAAUGAAUCUCGUUAAGAGGAAAGGUUCAAAGUGAUCAGCGUGUUCAGUACGUUCGCGACUAACUGUGAGUGCUUUUAUCUGAAAAUUCCGUUAAGUCUGGCAGAUUCCCACGGCGAUCCUCGUCACGGAGCGCACGACCAGCCCCGCGCCGGCAGCGCCAUCUCUCAGUGGGAGCGAAGUAGGACGUGGGCGAUGGGGUCUUUUUUUUAAACCUUAUCCCCCCCCCUACCCUUCUACGUUCCGUUUUUUUUCUCGAAGAAGCUAUAAAAGGCUGCAGCUUAAUAAUUCAGUCAGUUCAGCGGACGGUGAACACGGGACAUUCCAGCAGAAGAGGGGUACGUGAGGAGAACCCAGUUUAUAAAGUGAGGAUUCGCUAAUAAAAGAGAAGCUGAGGCUGCGUGUCAUUCAUUUUCUGGUAAUCAGUGAACAAGAUACGGUGAAGUGAGUUUCCUGGGAAGUGAAACAGAGUUUGUCUUAUAUUCUACAGUGGAGAUCUGUGAAGCAGGCAUAAUGAAAGCGGUCCUGUCCUGGCUCUGCAUCCCUAUAUUGACACACUACCUUUCCUUGCAUGGAGAUGCUCUGUUCCUGUCAAACUCCACGAUCCUGGAGCGUCUGCUGAGCAAGUACCACGACGCCCAAAAUUUUACUCAUUCCCGGGUCCGCCGUGCAAUCCAGUGGUCUGAUCGUGAGGAGAUAGUGAAUCUACAUAACAAGUUACGAGGGAAUGUGCAUCCACCCUCCUCCAACAUGGAAUACAUGGUUUGGGAUGAAGAGCUGGAGCGAUCAGCCACUGAAUGGGCACAUCAGUGUAUCUGGGAACAUGGCCCGAAAGACCUGCUGAUGUCCAUAGGACAGAACCUGGCUGUACACUGGGGAAGGUACCGUACACCUGCCUACCAUGUUCAAGCGUGGUAUGAUGAAGUCAAAGAUUAUACUUACCCAAUGCCUCAUGAGUGUAACCCCUGGUGUCCUGAACACUGUUCUGGGCCAAUGUGCACCCAUUAUACUCAGAUUGUGUGGGCUACAACCAGCAAAGUGGGCUGUGCAGUACAUGCCUGUAACAGAAUGAACGUUUGGGGAGAGAUCUGGGAAAAUGCAAUCUACCUUGUUUGCAACUACUCCCCUAAGGGUAACUGGAUCGGGGAGGCCCCAUAUCAAAGUGGCAGACCCUGUUCUCAGUGCCCUCCUAGUUUUGGAGGAGGCUGCAAGAACAACCUGUGUUACAAAGACACACAGAUGCCUCAUCCUCCUGAGACAGAGGACAUGAAUGAGGUAGAAACAGCACUGGUACCUGAGAAACCUGAUAUAUGGCCUCGUCCUCGACCACGCACCACCCCUGCUAAAGAAACUCCUAAAAAGAAAGAGACCAGCAAAAAAUACAUGACUCAAGUAAUAAAGUGCGACACCAAGAUGAGAGAUAAGUGCAGGGGGUCAACAUGUAACAGGUAUGAAUGUCCUGCAAACUGCCAGAAUGCAAAAGGCAAAAUUUGGGGGACCCUCUUUUAUGACACGCAAUCCAGUUUAUGCAGAGCUGCAUUGCAUUUUGGAGUGAUUGAUAACAGUGGAGGCCUGGUUGAUAUCACACGAAAAGGUCAGAUGCCCUUGUUUGUGAAGUCAACAAGGAAUGGAGUGGAGUCUUUGAGCAAAUAUAAAAAGGCAAAUGCAUUUACUGUGUCAAAAGUGGAAGUGCAAAACGUGGACUGCUAUGCUACUGUUGCUGAGCUCUGCCCCUUCAGAAAACCUGCUGCUCAUUGCCCAAGGGUGUACUGCGCCAUGAGUUGUAAAGAUGAACCAUCAUAUUGGGCUCCGGUCUAUGGCACAGACAUUUACUCUGAUAGUUCCAGUAUUUGUCGGUCUGCAAUCCACGCUGGAAUCAUCACUGGCUUUGAUGGUGGCUACGUGGAUAUUUUGCCCUUAGAGAAGAAGAAGCAUUAUGUGGGAACAUUAAGGAAUGACAUCCAAUCUGAAAGCAAGAAAAAUCCAGAAGGCCAUUCAUUCCAGCUUUUUGCAGUGAGGGUGUGAAAUGAUUGAGUACCUGGAAGAGGCAGAAAAGUUUCAAGAAGAUGCUUGAAUUGCCGUAAGAUGGUGAGCAAUGAUGAAAGGUGCCCUAGCCAUUCAGUAUGGUAGCCAUAGUCAUCAUUUCCUUUUCAGCCUCUCUAAGGAGCAACAAAAGCAAUGAUAAAAACUUACAGCUCAUUCCCAGACAUCUCAUCGCAGCAGCAGCAGCAGCAGCAAUGUACUACAGUACCAAUAUUAAGCAAAAAAACAAUAUCAGAAAUUUCAGGGCAUUUAGUUCACAACAUUAUUUGAACAGCAGUUGUUAAUUUCUUUUUAUAAUGAGAAAUAUAUGACUAAUACUGUAUAAUAUGAAAAUCACAAUUGUUAUGGUUAUGUUUAUGCUUUAACAGCAGUGCUGAUUAUAGCUAAAUGAUUAUGCAUUGAGGCAUUUGACAAAAUGAAAGAAUAAUAUUAUAUAAAUGUUUACAUUUUUUAAGAGAUGUUUUCCCAUUACUUAAUAUUGUCUUCCAGUUGGUUUUAUUUUGUAUUUUUGUACAGGUUGUUGGGGUUAAAAGAUACUUUUUUGUGGUAAUGAAUGGUGCUUUUAUGGAGCAUGUGUUACUUUUUUUAACUAUAUUAGUUGCAUUCUACAACAUUAGUAACUCAUUUUCAAUUAGGCCGUGAAUCGUAACUUAUCUUCUUUUUUAACUAGCUGCUCACAUAGCUAAUGUUUCCUAGAGCUCUUAACAUAAAACAAAAAUACAAUGGUGACACUCUGUCAUAGGCAAGCAAUCACUGCUUUUUCACGCACAUCUGCCUCCUCCUGGUCGACUGUAAUCUGGGAGAAGGUUGAUGUUGAUGGCAGAUAUUGACUCCCAUCUUCCCUCAUCUCAGCGCCUUUCCUUCAAUGCUCUUUGGACCGUCUAAUUCAGAGGAGCUGGCUUAACAUCCAGUACUGAAAUGUAAACUGGCAGAACACAAUCUAUAGUCCGCUUUUCAGUCACACAUUUAAUAUUUAUUAUUAAUGUACCGCAGAAACUGUGCAUUGGUCCAAAUCAAUUCCCAGUAGGACAGUAUAUAUGAGAGCACGAGGCUGUCUGUACAAGAUUCGCUACAUUAUGGCGCUAAGAGCGUAGUAGUCAGGAUGUGGUUAUGUUUGCACUGAUAUGUUCCAUUUAGAUAUGAUAAUAUGGGUGGCUACCUGCUUGUUAAAAGAUUAUAGUAUACAGUAUUCAAUAUAAUUUCAAAUCUUAUUUUUUUUUGCAAAUUUGUCAACUUUGCUAAACCCAUGAUAAAUCUAGGGCUUAAUACUCUAUUGAAUUUAGGUUUGAACAGAUACAAUGUUUUGCUAUUUUCACCAAUAUUUCCAGAGCCUAAAUCAUUUCAUUACUGUUUUCUUAUCCAUUUUCUAUUUUAUUAAUGCAUUUUUAAACUUAAUUUCAAACACACCUUUAUUACCCUUAAAGUAUGACCAAAAUAUUAAUUUUAGUUUUUAGGAUACUUGGUACCAUUUUUCUUGAUAGUUUGCAAAAUUCAAACUUUUAAAAAUCAGCAGAGAAGUUUCAACCUUCUUAGACGAAUGUCUUUUAAGUCAUCUUUGAGCUGUCCACACUCUGUAGCACUUCCUGUCUUCACGAUUGAAUAAAAGAUGAAUGUAGCCUUUUGGAUUUAUUAAAUUUGCAGGCAGUGUGCUAUAAUGAAAGUUAUUAAAGGCAGACAGAAUGUUUUCCUGCUUCUUCGGCUUUGCAGCACUGACUUUUUAUGUAUAAAAGUCCUAGUCCUCUAGCCAUGGAAGCUGUCAGGAGGUGAGCACAGCUUUCAUUUGAAUCAGUUUGUAGCCAUUCACAGUCGAGUGCUUGUUUCAGAUCCUCCAUUUGGAUCGAGCACCAUCUGUGUUUGUCGGUGGUUAUUUUCCUUCUUUCUUCUGUUACAAAAGGGAUUAAGUAAUUUAGGAACAUUUUUGUGAUUUCUGUACAGCACUUAUCUCUUUAUGUAAAUAUAUUUUAAUUUUUGCAUGACCAUCCUUAAUUUAUACUGCUUUAAUAGGCUUGUCUGAAUGUUUUUUAUGUGUAAGAUAUUUAUAUGCAAGGUUUUUAAUAUCUUUGUAUGCGAUUUGGAAAUAAAGUUUUUUUAAAAA